AUGUGUGAUAACGAUAAGCCUUCUGCAGAGGAUAUAGCUACAAUGUGCUACAGUAAAUAUAGGUCCCUGCCUAAAACUGGAAAACCCACCUCCAACCAGUGGACGGUUUUAGCUGGAAUCGUAGAGUCAAACCUGCAAACGAAGAGCAAUCAAGUGGUGGCCAUUGGUUUGGGCACCAAAAGCAUUGGCCAUACAAAACUUUGCGAUAAUGGAUUCAUUCUGAACGAUUCCCAUGCUGAAGUCUUAGCACGACGAGCAUUUCAAAGGUAUUUGUACCACGAAUUAAGGCAAGACCGAAUCUUUCAUUGGAACUGUAAUAGUCAAUGUUAUGACCUAGACGAGAACGUUGAAUAUCACUUUAUGAGCACUCAGACGCCCUGCGGAGAUGCCUGCAUCGUGGUUGAAGAGGAGCCUGAGAAGCAAACGAAGCGGCCGCGACUCUCUGAAGAAUCUGAUUAUAUAUUCACUGGAGCUAAACUAAUGAGCAACGACAUGGAAUCUAAGGAAGCAUUAUUCGAUGCUAUGCAGCAGACACCAGGAGCUCUGAGGACCAAACCUGGUCGUGGAGAUCGCACCUUAUCCAUGUCUUGUAGCGAUAAAUUAUCUAGGUGGAAUGUACUCGGGGUCCAAGGAGCACUGCUAGAUUCUCUGAUAUCCAAACCAAUCUACUUUAGUACCCUCAACUUUUGCUGUCCUGAUGCGCACUUGGAAUCUUUACGAAGAGCCAUUUAUGAACGAUGGGAGAGCCGGAACUUUAGUCACCGCAGAUUUCAGCCUCAAAAACCAACCAUUCGCAUUAUCCCUGAUCUUUCUUUUGAGUUUACUCAGUGUGCUGAACGGCAGCCCUCGCCCAAUGGGUUGGUUUGGUCUCUACUGCCGGAGAACAAGAAGCCCUAUGAAAUAUCUGUAAAUGGCAAACGUCAAGGGCUGACCAAAAAGGUGAUAAAUACUCCACAAGCUGCCUUGGAAAUAAGCAAGUAUAAGCUAUUUCUAACAUUUAUCGACUGCGUUACCUCCAACCCUGAUCUGAGCGAAAAGUUUCGCACAAAAGGUACCAAUCUCGACGAAACAACAUAUGGAACAUGUAAAAGCUGGGCAACAGUUUACCAAGCGGCAUGGCUUCAAUUAAAAGAUGAAUACUUUCUUAACUGGACCACAAAGCCAAGUCACCUACUGAAUUUUGCAAAAAAAAAUAUCGAAAAAAGUUAACUUGUUGAAGAAAAACUUGUUUGUAUAUAAUUGUAAUGCAAUUAUUGUAUAUUAAUUUUGUAUAUAAUU